AGUAUAUAAACCCGAUGAGCUUCUGUUGAUGCCCAGCCUAUAAUAAUCUUUUCAUGCAUUGACUAUCUGUCCUUAAUAUCGCCAUGAGUCUCUCCAAGAUGAAGUCAUCUUUUCUGCCAUCUGCAGCCCUGCUGCUUCUCUCAAUUCCAGGUGCCCUGGCACAGUGCAGCCUCCCAUCAACCUACAGCUGGACAUCAACUGAUGCUCUGGCCGAACCUGCAGCUGGACAGGUAGCUCUGAAGGAUUUCACCCAGGUUACCUCUAACGGCCAGCACAUUGUAUAUGCAUCUACUGCCGACGAAAGUGGCAACUACGGAUCAAUGGUCUUUAGCCCAUUCUCGGACUGGCCUGAAAUGGCCUCUGCAAGUCAGAAUGCGAUGGAUUUCGCCGCUGUCGCCCCAACCCUCUUCUACUUCUCGCCAAAGGACGUUUGGAUACUGGCCUACCAGUGGGGUUCGACUGCAUUCAGCUACCGCACAUCCAGCGAUCCCACAGAUGCCAAUGGGUGGUCGUCGGAAGAACCCCUCUUCUCUGGAACCAUCACCGGCUCUGAUACUGGAGCAAUCGACCAAACCGUGAUUGGAGAUGAUACAAACAUGUAUCUAUUCUUCGCAGGCGACAAUGGCAAAAUCUACCGCGCCAGCAUGCCCAUUGACAACUUCCCCGGCGACUUCGGCACCGAUUUCGAGGAGAUCAUGAGUGAUACUACCAAUAACCUCUUCGAAGCAGUCCAGGUUUACACCGUCGACGGCCAGAACCAGUACCUGAUGAUCGUGGAGGCAAUUGGGUCUGGGGGACGCUAUUUCCGCUCGUUCGUGGCUGAUAGUCUCGAUGGCGAGUGGACGUCCCAGGACUCGACUGAGAGCCAGCCCUUUGCUGGAAAGGCUAACAGCGGUGCUACCUGGACGAAUGAUAUUAGCCACGGCGAUCUGAUUCGCAGCAGCCCUGAUCAGACGAACCUGGUUGAUCCGUGCAACCUGCAACUCCUCUACCAGGGCCAAGAUCCAAGCGGUGCUGGUGGAGGGGAUUACAACACCCAACCCUGGAGGCCGGGUGUGUUGACGCUGAACGUAUAAGUGUAUUUAGUGUACAAUGAGAAGAGAAUCGGCAAGACCUUGAUUUGAAUGCGAAUGACGAUUUGGCAAGGUGGAUCUAAAAGUGCAGUCACAAACUCAUCGCCCAGAGUCUUCAUAUACAUAUCAUAGAGAUAUUUGUUCAUCUACCUCUUACGGUACCAUAUGGAGUGUUUCUUUCGUGAGCUCUGAUGGUUAACGAGAUGUUUAUUUUAGUUAUUUACUUGCAGCAUAAAAACAACCAUCAAUAAGCACAACUCGUCUUUAUUCACUCCUCAACUGCCUCCAUAGUGAAACUCGACACCUUCACACUCCCACCAAGAGACUCCGUUGCAAAGUUGAAGAUGCCAUACCGGUAGCCCAUAAAGAACUCCCACUCCGUAUUCAUGACAAAUGGCUCACCGAUAUCCGAGAACGUAGAGCCAUCAGUCGAGUACGAAAACUGCACAGUCUUGUCGGACGAAGGCCUGAAAUUCCCCC